AUGGCUCCCCGACCUUUGACACAACUCACAGGACCUGUUCUCGGCACUCGUGAUGAUGACCCGGACAACACCUUCCAAGGUCACGACCCAGAGGCGAUUGCAAUGGCCCUCGCCGCUCACUCGCAUAAUAUGACCGUGCUCGCGAACGAUGCAUCGCUAUCAGGCUCGUACCAAGGCCACGAUUCAUGGGACAUCGCAACCGCCAUCCAGAGCUACAUCGUCAACCACCAGGCCAAUCCUUGGCCAGAGGACUUCAUUCACCCACCUCCGCAGACAGGUCGACCAUCGGCGGAGCGCAUCGCUAGCAUUCACGCCGCCACAUUGGUCUCAAGCUCCAGCAACGGCAAUAUCACGCUCGCCCCAGUCUUUUCGCUCUCCGAUCUCGUGCACGAGCAGCACUGGAUGAGCGUGCUGCUCUGCAUCGUGUGGAUCAUCGCCGGUCUCUUCCUGCUCUUCUUCGGCUGGGCAUCGUUCUUCUGGGGUAGCACUCUCGGCAUGAGUCGGAAGAGGGUCGACGAGAGAGCCAAAAAGCGAAGUCGUUUCGGACCUCUCUUUGCCGGUCCUCCUCUGGCAGGCGGUGUAGGCGGGAUCAUCAUCGGCUUCCUCUUCUUCUCCUUCCUCACCACGGUCGUCACAGCAGCUAUUUGCGUUGGAGAGUCCAAAUCGGUGUCUUCUGCAGCGUACUUCGUCAUCUGGCUGCUACCUGGGCUUCUGGGGGCCUUCCUCGCAGGUCACUGGCCACUCUUUGCCCGCGCGUUCACAGGGCUGCUUGCGGGUUCCUGCCUGACCCUCAUCAUCACCGCCAUGUUCGGGAUCCAGACACUCAUCAUCCGCGCCAUCGUCAUCGCAGUCUGCACCAGCCUCAUCACUGCCCCUCUCCUCCUUCCUGGACGUAGCGUGAUCCACUUCCACCUGCUCAACAUGUGCACCUCGAUCAUCGGCAUGGUCACUUUCCUCGACGGUGUGGCGCUCGUUGCUCCCUCUCACGACAGUUCCGCCUCAUGGAUCGACCUGUGGGUGCUGUUGUUCGCACUGGACCGAUCGAGCUCCGAGGUGAGCGCGAGGCGCAAGUGGGGCACGUCCGUGUUCAAAGGCUACAUCGCCGCCGCUGUUCUGGGUCCCCUGGUUGGGUUCCUUUUCGAGUUCAUCUUCCACACGCAUGCAGCCGAGGACCCGGACAUGGAGUGGAACAAGUAUCUAGGUGCCUUCACCGAGCGCCUCGAGCACCAAACUGUGGCCGAAAUGUACGACCGCGCAGGCGCUUUCGAACCAGCACCGACCGCAUGGCAGAAGGUCUCCCGCGCCUUUGGACGUUCCAGAGGCCCAGCGGCCUACGACAAUAUCUUGGCUGCAAACGACCUUGAAAAGAGCCCUUUCACGAAUCUUCCUUCGCCCAGAUCUCGCAGACGCGCACGUCGCGCUCGAUCCACAAAGCCUCGUGGAGGCCCGGCCAAGUUCGCUGCAGCCAAGAGACCACCUCUGGACGAAUCGGAUGACGACACGACAGACUACGACAGCGACGCGAGCCUUCACAAGCUCAACUCGCGCAGCAAGACCAUGUCCAAGGACAGCCUGAUGACGAAGGUCAACGCAGAAGAGAUGGAGGACGAGCUUAAGCCCUUGAACUCCAGUGGAGAUUCCAAGCUCACCGCUGUAUCGGCCGGUCAGACUCGGCCCCCGAGCUAUCGGACUAACAGCAGCAAGAGCGGCGCAUCGUCGGUGAGCCGCUUGAGUGGAACUACGAUGGCUCCUGCAGCUAACAUCAACUCGGCAGAGAGGGCAGCGGGUGAUGUGAAGGCACCCAGCUCGAUCGCUUCGCCAACCCGCCAGACCGCCUCGCCUCCACCGCUCCUGGUAUCGGACCGCGCGCUUUCGCCUCCGCUAACACCCGCUCUUCCAGCGACUCCAUCGCUUGUCAACGCCAUCACCCGCAUCCAGGCAGCUCAAGCCCAAGCGAGGGCCUGGUACGAGAUUCAACAGCAGCAAGGUUCCAUCAAGUUUGAAUCUGCGGCGUCAGCGGACAAGGCAGCUUCCAAGAGUGACGAUUCGAUCGCUGACGAGACUUCUGUGCCAGCUGUCAACGAGACAGCCACUUUCCAGAGCUGGUGGAAGAAAGAAGUCAAGGGCGAUGCGGAAUCUCCAUGA